CUUAAAAAUAAAAUUGCCCAAUUAACCUGGGAGCUACAGUAUCUUAAAAUAUUAGAUAAUCACAGAAUGAUUACUGAUAUUGAUAAAGAAAAAAAAGAAAAAAUUCAGGACAAAAUCAUAUUAUCAGUAAAAGUUUUAAAUAAGUUAGAAUACCACCAGUGGUUUCAGCAAAAAUAUAGAUAUCAGAAAAAACAAAGGCUUCAACUGAUUGAAAAACAAAUUAAGGAAGCAGGUUUUGAUACACAGCUUGUUAGGCCAAUGGUUGGCCAUCCAAGCUUAGAAGAGGCACAACCAGGCCUGUUAGAAACUAUUGUUCAAAUCCUUCAAGAAGCGCUAACAAAUAUGAAUUAUAAAUUGUCAUGCUCUGCAACAUACCUUAAACUUAUUCCAAGAUGGCAUAAUACUAAUGAGGGAAGACAGCAUGUCAAAACUGUGCCAGUAAAGCUUUUAAAGUCACAAAAUAUGUCAAGAAAAAGUCAUAAUGAUACCCGUUUUUGUGCUGCCUUAAUAAGAAACUUAAAAGAAAUGGUAUCAUUAUUGGGUCCAAAGUGUGCUUUAGUAAUAUCUCAGGAUGACAAAGCACGAAUAUCUCUUGUGCCGAUUCUUAUGAGGCUGGAAUAUCGAAUAGAGCUUCCAGAUCAUGACUGGGUUGUUGCUGAAAGGCACAAGCUGAUUCCAUCAGUUUAUACAAUAUUAGAUAUACAAGAGAGUAAGUAUGGGCAUGCUGAUGUGGUAACAUAUUUAGGCCCAACAUUUAUAAGAAUCUGCAGUAGUAAGCAUGAUAGUAGUACCACGUAUUCUCAUGGAAAAGAUUUCGAUAACCUUAUAAGUGAGGAGCAAUUGCGCAACUAUACCACAACAAUAAACGAACAACCUAAACUUGUAGUGGUGAUACUAAACGAUAGUGGUCCCGACGAAAAUCCUCAAUACAAAAAGACAAUUCAAAUAAUAAUUGAACAUUUUGACAAAUAUGAUCUUGAUACAAUCAUUGUGGCAUGCUUCGUGCUAUACCAAAGCACAUUAAAUCCAGUUGAAAGGCAAAUAGCAUCUCUAAGUCAUGAUUUAGCUAGUGUCAUACUCCUACAUGAUAUGUUUGGAACUCAUUUAGAUUCACAGUUAAAAACAAAUGAUGAUGAAUUAGAGAAAUGUAACUUUAAAGCAGCUGGAAAUGCUUUAACAUCAAUAUGGAAAAAUACAAUUAUAGAUAGCUACCCGGUUCUUAUUAAAUAUAUAGAUCCUUCUGAAGAACAUCACUACCCAAGUGAAAAGUCAGAAAGUUGGAUAGAAAAUAAUGAAGGUAAUGAGGCUAUGUGGGUAGAAAAAGCAUCAGUGCCCAAUUGUAUAUCGGAAACCUAUUAUCAAAAAAUACAGGUUCAAAAAAAGUUAGUUGUAGAUAAGGUUUUAAUAGUUAACUGA